UGUGCCAUGCUGAAUGAGAAGCUGGACUCGCUGGUGCGGGAGCUGAACGAGGAGGCUCAGGCCAUCGUGGUCCCUGAGGGAAUGGCACAGGCUACCCCUGCUGACACCAAGGACCAGGAGAAAGGCGGCAGCCUUUUGCCUCGCAUCUUCAAAUCCAAGGAGCAGCUCAUGCUGCGGGCGAACAGCCUGAAGAAAGCCCUGCGGCAAAUCAUUGAGCAGGCGGAGAAAGCUGUGGAUGAGCAGAACAAGCAGACCCAAGCCUACCGGGGCAGCGCAGGCCCCAGCAAGAAGGACAGCUCGGAGGAGCUCAACAAGGAGGAGGAGAGGCUCAGCUGCCGGCGGGAGACAGUGACCUCUGCGUCUUCCUCCAUCAUCCUGGACCGGCCGGACACCUUCGGCAGCUUGCAGUUCCCUGAAGACCCCAGUGCCCUUAACUACUUCGGCAUCGGCCUGGAUGCAAAGAUCUCCCUGGAGUUCAACAACAAACGGGAUGAGCACCCCAAGAAGUGCAGCAGCCGCACCAAGAAUAUGAUGUGGUAUGGGGUGCUGGGCACAAAGGAGCUCCUGCAGCGUACCUACAAGAACCUGGAGCAGCGGGUGCAGCUGGAGUGUGAUGGGGUGCCCAUCUCACUGCCCAGCCUGCAGGGCAUCGCUGUCCUCAACAUCCCCAGCUACGCCGGGGGCAUCAACUUCUGGGGAGGCACCAAGGAGGACAACAACUUCGGGGCUCCAUCCUUUGAUGACAAGAAGCUGGAGGUGGUGGCUGUCUUUGGCAGCAUCCAGAUGGCCGUGUCGCGGGUCAUCAACCUCCAGCACCAUCGCAUCGCACAGUGCCGCAUGGUGAAGAUCACCAUUCGGGGGGAUGAGGGCGUCCCUGUGCAGGUGGAUGGAGAAGCCUGGAUCCAGCCGCCUGGCAUCAUCAAGAUCCAGCACAAGAACCGAGCCCAGAUGCUGACAAGGGACCGGGCAUUUGAAAGCACCCUCAAGUCCUGGGAGGACAAACAGAAGGGGGAGAGCUACCGAGCAGCCGCCCGGCCGCGGCUCAGCUCCCAACAGUCCAUGGAGUACCUGACCGAGGAGGAGAGCAGCCUCUUGCAGCAGGUCUCGCAGGUUGCCGAGACCCUCAUUGCCAGGAUCCACGAGGCAGCGAAGGCUCACAAAGCCGUGGAGCAGGAGCUGGCGCACGCUGUCAACACGAGCUCCCUGGCGCUGAGCGAAGCCCUCUCCAACAAAGCUGCUGGCGUGCUGGGCCAGGAGCUGCAGAGGCUGCUGGACAUCCACUGGCUGGGGCCCAUUGCCCACCCCGCUGAGGAGGAAAGCGCCGGCAGUGCCAACAAGGGCAGCUUCAAGCUUCGCCUCAACAUCCCCAAGCCCAGGAAGGACAAGGACAAGGUGCAAAAGCAGAAGACCAACAGUGUGCUCCCAGCGGACAAGUGGGGCUCCGAGGAGGUGGCAGCUUGGCUGGAAGCGCUCGGUUUAGGGGAGUACAGAGACAUUUUCGUCCGGCAUGACAUCCAGGGGUCUGAGUUGAUCCUGCUGGAAAGGAGAGACCUGAAGGACCUGGGGAUCACCAAAGUGGGCCACGUGAAGAGAAUCCUCCAGGCCAUUAAGGAGCUCAGCAACCCUCCCUAG